AUGCGAGUGAAUCAAGUUGCGGCAGGAUACUUAUCACGUUUUAACAUUGUCCGCACAAAAUUGAUCGAUAACGAAACAACGCCUCUGCAAAUCGGAAACGGAAACUUUGCAUUCAAUGUCGACAACACUGGCAUGCAGACAUUCCUGCCCUUCAACACCUUGUCAAGCUGGGCAUGGCAUAAUGACUCACUACCUGCGGACGGGUGCGGCAAGAUCCCUGCACAGCCCAAUUCAGGUCGACGACUGACCAUAUGCAGUGAACUACCAUCAGACUACCACGGCGUACCGCGCGAGACAUACGGCCGCCAAGUUUACUACGACGCUUUGCCGGAUCCCAACCUCAAGCAAGCAACGCAGUGGCUAAUUGGCAACCCCAAUCGUAUCAACUUGGGACGUAUAGGGCUCACAUACAAAGGCGCUACAGUUUCUGCAUCACAGAUCACUCAACCGAAACAGGUUCAGGACUUAUGGAAUGGAAUCAUUACCUCCACAUUCGAAAUCGACGGGAAAUAUGUAAAAGUCAUCACCCAAGGCGAUUUUGAAGAAGACGCAGUAGCAUUCAGGGUAGAGUCAGAGCUACUGAAGAGCGGAGAUCUGGGUGUGGAACUAGAUUUUCCGUAUCCGCCCAUUCAUACAACAGCUUACAAGUACGAGGUGAGCGAAUGCGAUCUUCCAAGCGAGUUGGCGCUCAGACGUAAUCCAUCUCCACCCUCAACCAUCCAGAAGCGUAAUAAGCUUGAGUGGAACAAAUAUUGGCAAGAAGGAGGAUUUGUCGACGUCACUGCGUCAUCUAAUCUGAAUGCGACAGAGUUGCGCAGGAUCGUUACGUCCCAAUAUCAUGUGAGGGUAAACAGCGCAGCGAAUGGCCAGUCACCCCAGGAGAGUGGUUUGAUGAACAAUGGGUGGUAUGGUAAAUUUCACAUGGAGAUGGUUAUAUGGCAUAAUGCGCACUGGGCAACAUGGGGCAAACAAAAGUACUUCGACAACAUCUUCCCAGAGCUCUACGAAAGGCUGCUCCCAUCCUCGCUCGCUCGAGCCAAAGCCAUGGGCUGGCAAGGCGCUCGUUGGCCCAAAAUGACCGACCCUAUCUAUGGGAUCAACUCACCAGGCGACAUCAACGGCGUACUACUAUGGCAACAGCCUCAUCCCAUGUAUCUCGCUAACCUGGCAUACCAAGCAUCUCCGACACGCAAAACUCUGGAGCGUUGGGACCGCGUUCUCACCGAGACGGCAAACUAUAUGGCUUCUUAUGCUGGCCUCAAUAACAGCACCGGAAAAUACGAUCUCGGUCCUCCCUCAUACGGUGUGACAGAGAACACGCCGCCGAACUCUACCCGCAACCUUGCCUACGAAAUCGCAUAUUGGCGCUACGGUCUCGAUGCUGCACGAGAAUGGAAGCACAAACUCGGUCAACGCAUCCCCGAGAAGUGGACACACGUCGCUGCGAACCUCGCCCUCCCGCCGCAAGUCGACGGCUUGUAUGCCGUGUAUAACGGCUUGAAUAGCUCGUGGUGGAAUGACACAAAGCUCACCGGCGACCCACGAAGCCUCAUCAUGCUCCAAGGCAUCUUACCCGACACACCUGCCGUGGAUCCUAAAAUCGCUUUAGCUACCGCAGAAAAAGUCGCGCAGGUAUGGACAGACGACAAGAUCCGCGGAUGGGGUCGCCCUGUUCUGGCUAUCAAUAGCGCCAGGAUCGGGAAUCCGUCGAGGGCGAUGUAUCACCUUACAGCAUACGACUACUGGAAAUUUGAUGAUGCAGGGUUUGCGAUCAGAGGUGGCGAUGGGGGAACGCCGCCGCCGUUUAUGCCAGGUAAUGCCGGGUUUUUGUACGCGGUUGCUUAUGUGGUUGGAGGGUGGUCGGGAUCGAAGGGGGAUGCGCCGGGUGUACCAAAAGGGGAAGGAUUGGUUGUGAAGCAUGAGGGUUUGAUGAAGGCUCUCUGA